AUGAGCGCACCGUUUGGAGACCCGAUCGCUUCUAAUUCCAGUGCCGCCGGAGCUCAGCCUAACAAGGAGCCAAAAAUGGCGUCAGCUGAGCAAUUGGUCCUCGAACUCAGUAACCCUGAUCUUCGUGAAAAUGCCCUCCUUGAACUCUCGAAGCUGGAACCUGUUUUGUGUUUCUGGAUUUGGAAUAGUAUAGUGGUUGCUGAGAGUAUAUCUCACAUGCGGGAUGUAAGGCCUUGCAUUGCAUCGUGGGCCUCUCCACCUGUUUCCAAUUGGUUUUGGGUUGGAUGCUCUAGUUCUGUCAUGUAUCUGUCGGGCCCAACGGCUACACAUGCUCCCGUGUCGAUUGAUAUCUGUGUCACACUGCACUUGAGGGUGUGUGUUGAGAGUAUAAAUCGCAGAAGAGAGAAUUAUUUCAAGAUUUGGCUCCAUUGUUGUUGGAAUUCUUUUGGUACUAUUGCUGCUCUGCAGGAGAUAGUUUCAAUUUACCCUGUUCUGUCACCACCAAAUUUAACUCCUGCUCAAUCAAAUCGAGUUUGCAAUGCUCUAGCUCUUCUUCAGUGUGUGGCUUCUCACCCAGACACAAGAAUGUUAUUCCUCAAUGGUAAUAACCUUUAUUUUGUUUACAUUCGAAGGCUUCAAAUUUCCUUCUUAGUGUGCUGCUCAUAUACCCUUAUAUUGUACCCUUUCCUUAAUACAACAAGCAAGUCAAGGCCUUUCGAGUACUUGAGGCUUACUAGCUUAGGUGUCAUUGGUGCCUUAGUGAAGGUCGAUGAUACAGAAGUGAUUAGUUUUCUUCUGUCAACAGAAAUAAUUCCACUGUGCCUGCGCACUAUGGAAAUGGGUGGCCACAUUUAUUGUUCAAAAGAUUUGUUAGAUGAUGUGGGCUUGGAUUAUAUUUGUACUACAGCUGAGCGGUUUUUUGCAGUAGGUCGAGUCUUGGGAACCAUGGUAGCAUCACUUGCUGAGCAGCAUUCAUCGCGCUUAUUAAAACAUAUUAUCCGAUGUUAUCUUCGAUUGUCAGAUAACGCAAGGGCUUGUGAUGCUUUAAGAAGUUGUCUUCCAGAGGCAUUAAGAGAUGCUACCUUCAGUGGUUGCCUUCGUGAAGAUCCAACUACAAGGAGAUGGCUGCAGCAGUUGCUUCACAAUGUUGCGGUUAGUCGGGUUCCUGCACUUCAGGCCGGAGGAGGGUUUGAUCAUAUGAUGGUGAACUAA